UUCAUAAAUAGUUUUUGCUUUUAAAUCAGACUUUAAGUGUUCCGCGAAGGUUUUGGCGCUAUUGGCUUCUGCCUAAGUUCCCUCACAUGGACCACCUCAAUUUUAAUUAGGAGCUGAGCUUCUGGUCAGAGCCUAGGCAAGCCUAUGCUGAGAGGACAAAACAGCCCUGAGGAGGCUGGCCAGCCAGGUGGGUGGGCAGAGGCAGGCUGAGAAUGCAGCAAGGGAGCUGAGAAAGCACUGAGCAGGGAGAUACCAACAUCCAGAGCUGCUGCACACAGCCCUCCAUCAGGGGGGACGCUCACGCUCGCCUGGACCAUGAGCAAUGAGUCUACCGUCUGGAUCAACCUCACCGAGAACUCCACCGGGGUCCCAUUUGAGCCUGGUAAACAACAGGGUGGUUAUAUCCUACUGCUGGUGCUCCUGUCCAUCUUCCUGGGGGGAACACUGGUCCUGCUGUCUGUCCUGCUGAUCGUCUGCAGACGUUGCUGUGAUGGAGACUGCCGCCAUGCCAGGGCCAGCGAUGACCCUGAGAAAACCAACACCAGCUACAUGGAGGAGUCUCAGCCAGUACAUGGACAGAUCACCAUCCGUGUAGACGAGUCAGACUGCCUAUCGGCCGCCAGCUCCCACGUUGACAUGGAGACAGAGCGCUUCCUGUCCACAGGCACCCAGGGUGGCCGCCGCGUCUCUUUCAAUGAGGUGGCACUCUUCGACCACGGCAAGAAGGCCCAGGAGAAAGGCCGUAGGUUUACGUUGACCGAGGGUGACUUCCACCACCUGAAGAAUGCGCGGCUCACACACCUCCACAUCCCGCCGCUGGCCCUCAAGAUCGUCACCAUCCACGAGUGUGAGUCAUCCGAGAACAGCAUCGCCAUGAUGACCCGCCCCGCCGCCAAGUCCAGCCUCUCCAUCUUCCAGCCGGCUUUGUGUGCCCGACGGCCAUUGUGUCCCCUGCCCCAGACAGCAUUGACCAGUCUGAGUGUCAGCCCCAGCUCAGCCCUCCCUGGGGACACCCUUAACUCGGUGGUGGACACCAGCUUCAGUGAGAGUCCCCUGGCACCGGGUCCCAAGGAGCCCAGCACCAGCAGCAUUGAGGUGAUGGUGUCUGGUUCCAGGAAUGGGGGAAGUCCGUCUUUGAGUGAAGGGGCGUCGGUGACGUCUGUGACGGGUGCAUCUCCUGGCGCAGGGGUGGGGCAGGGGCCGGUGCUGCAGUUCUUCACCAAGCUGAGGCGCCAUGCCAGCCUGGAGGGAGCCAGCCCAUACUUCAAGAUCAAGAAGUGGAAGCUAGACAGCAGCCAGCGGGCCUCCAGUCUGGACACCAGAGGGUCCCCUAAGAGGAGGCAGUUCCAGCGGCAGCGCGCUGCCAGCGAGAGCAUGGACCAGGAGGAUAGCGACGCCCACCACAUUGACCUCAUCCAGUACAUUGCCAGCACCCAGGACGCCACCUAUCACCCCUGCCGCCCCUCCGCCUCGGCCUGCCUCCUGCCCCACUCCUCCCCCUCCACGCCACCACCCUCCCUCGGCAGGUUAGAGGUGGAGGUGGUGGUGGAACCCAGCUGCAGCAGGGGCCAGAGGCUGGAGGUGAUCGGCUUGUCCCCGGAGCCCCAGGACGAGGCAGCGAGCCUGGGMGACUUUAGACAGGAAAGCUCGGCAUCAGACCACCAGGCCCUGUACAGAGACAUCUGGACGCUCCGGGCCUCCCUGGAGCAGUACGGCUCCUCAGACCAGAUCAACAACAACGACAGGGACUCUGUCCGCAGCGAUGCUGACAGUGUCUGCUCUCUGAGGGGGCAGACCAAGAGGGGGGGGCUGCCCAGUUACCUCUCCCAGGACAUCGGGGAUGGGCCCGAGGGGGAUGUGGAGCUGCCCAUGGAUGAAGGGAUGGGAGAGAAGGAGAAAGGGAGGAAGCAGGACAGUGUGGAGUCAGAGAGGGGCAGUGACGGGGAGUCAGGGAACCGUAAGUUAAUGCAGAUGGACAGUGGCUAUACGUCUAUAGAGGCUCCAUCACGGGCGCCAGAGGAGCUGAGACUGUUUGGCAGUAGUGGCAGCAGUGGCAAUAUAGACAGGUCGGCCCUGGAGAAGAGACACUACUUCACCAGUGCAGGGCGCACUGGCACGGUGGUCGAGAGCUUCGAAGCCCGCAUCUUCGAGGAAGAGCCAGACGAGGAGACGCCGACAGGUGCAAUGGGCGGCAUGACCAUAGAAACGGCGAGGUCUCCCCUGGGCUGGUCUCCGUACGGUCAGAUGUUCACCCCGCGAGAGGCGCAGCCGCAGCCGCACCCCCACCCUCCCUUAUCAAUUCACCACCGUGACUACAGCAUCGACGAGAAGACGGACGCGCUCUUCCAUGAGUUCCUCCGCCACGACCCCCAGUUUGACCAGCAGGAGACGCCGAAGAAACAUCGCUCACGCAUCCACCUCCGCAAGCAGUGGCAGCGCCACAAGCAGUACAGUGACCCAGGCGUUCGCUACCAGUACCACUCCUUUGAGAGGCAGCGGAACCCCCUCCGACGAGGCGAUAGCGUCAACUACCCGCUGGAUACAGGCUACCACAGCACGCUUCCACGCAUCAUCAGUGCGCCUGACGAGGAGGCCAGCGAGGGGACCCCCAGCACCCCCCAGACGCCCAAGGCUGAGGCGGUGGUGGCGGGAGGGGCAGAAGGUGCCGAGGUGGAGGAAGGAGACAGGAGAGAGAGUCCCAGCAGUAGCUGUGGCAGUAGCACCGUGACCAUCACAGACGACAAAGGGAUGGCGUCCUGUUCCCCUCCCCCUCCCCCUGUCCCGGAGAGAGAGGGUCUGCUAUGGGAGCAGUCCGACCCCCAGGAGGACACUAGGCAGGCAGAACACCCCACUGAGCCACCUGACGAGCCCCCCCAGCCCCCUGACAAGGGCUACGGCCCACAGACCAUCACAGCCGAGCUGACGGACAAGCUGAGCGCCACCCUGGACGAGCGGCUGUACACGGGCCUGCGACGGACAAAGGACCCGGCGGCGGUGACUGAGUGUGUGGUGACAGUCACUCACGCCUCCCCCGACCACAGCCCAGUGUAGCAUGUCUCCAGUCCUCCUCCACUCCUCCCUGAUCUUUGUGUUUGAUUUGAUUUCAGUCUGCGCCAGGUAACUGCGAUGUCUGUAUCUGCGAUGUCUCUGUAUCUGUCUGAAUUAGCAUGUUCCAGACCCGUAACAUGAAAACAGGCUACACUAUACAGUAUCAUGUAGGCUAGCUGAAGAAUCCACCCCUAGAUAGUGUCUACAGUACCGUGGUGUCUCUGACUGCUAUGAUUCCUUUCUCCUCUGAGAGAAGUGACGAUGUUAAAGGGAAACGCCACUCAAACUAUCUUUUGGUAUUUUUUUUCAUUAGUCCACUGUUUAUACUGUACCAAAAUGUUUUGCAUGUCAGCA